AUGGAUAACGAUCCUAUUGAGCCCUUGCGGGCUGACGCUGGUCCCAGCGAUGAUCCCGCGAUUAUCAAUGAAGCCAUCACUCGAGCUCGUAUCGAGCGUUUCCAGAAGAGUCACGAUAUCAGCAAGUACAACUUUGACGACUUGCCCGAGGCGGCGCAUCAAGCCCGCGAAGACCGCUUCAUCGAGUGUGUUAAGACCUUACUCGACCUUGCCCUUGGAGAGGAUACAGCACUUCCACAGCACAGCCCCAAGGAUUCCAAGAAAGAUGAUGAGCCGGACGCCUCUGAAGAUUCUCUCUACUCGACCGUUCCUCUCGACAUUUCUCCGUUCUGUGGCUCGGUGCGCCUCCUGGAACUCUUACCUGCAACAAGUCCAGAUGCACCAAUUUGCGCCAACCUCAAAUGUCCCAGAAACUUGCCGGGGUUGCCCAAGUACGAGGCUCUCUCAUACGUACGGGGCUCACCUGAGCCAGUGUGCGCCAUCACAGUCAACGACCAUCAGGUCAUGAUCAACUCGAACCUCCACGACGCCCUGAAGUAUCUCCGUCGAGCAGAAACCUCACGAAUCCUGUGGGUGGACCAGAUAUGCAUCAACCAGCAAGACACAAUCGAAAAGUCCCACCAGGUAGCUCGCAUGGGAGACAUCUAUCGCAAGGCCACCGACGUCGUCAUCUUUCUCGGCCCUCCCACUGCACCUCUCACCUUCUUCAUGGACGCGUUGGCCAACAAACGCCUCAUCGAUCUCCAAGAUGAACCUUUGUCUGAGCCAGGCAGCAUCUUGCAACUGGCAGUCGAAGCCGUCUGCGCCUUUUGCUCGAACCCAUGGUGGACACGACUCUGGGUGCAACAGGAAUUCUACCUCGCCAAUGGCGACCCUCUGUGGUUCUGUGGAGAUCUAUCAGCUCGCACCUCUCAGAUCCAAGAAGAGCUUGGUCGACUCCGCAAGGACUUUCUCGAUCACCGUACUGAGCUAGAAGACCGAGGUAUCCCAGACCUAAGCCUGGAAUACGCGUUUAAUAAUCUCUUUCCCAUGGUCCUGGAACAACUAUCCCAGCGGUCCAACUCCAGAGGUCCUCGUCGACCAAGGGACAAUGGAAAGGGUACUUACCAGCCAAAGAAUCGCCUCCAUAUCCUUCCAUCUAUGCUGUACGCACAAUUGGACAGAAUUGCCUCAGAUCCGCGGGAUUAUGUCUAUGGCGUUCGAGAUCUCAUGGGACCAGUGUUCAGCCAAACAGUUCUUCCAGACUAUUCGAAGAGUGCCGGGUAUGCAUUUGAACUACUGGCUGCAUGGCUUCUUCUUGUAGAAUCCUGGGCUGACAUGUUCUGGCACUACCCUUCUCGACCACCCACCUCCGCUGAUGAUCCCGUUGCUCCAUCAUGGGUCCCAGACUUUUCUCGUCGGUCUCACAAGCCGGUCUUUGAGCCUACUCCGGCUGACGCAAACCCCAGCAAGGGUCCUCGACACGUCAGCUGUGCUAUUGUCGACCGGGUACUGCACAUCCAAGGACGGGAUCUCGGUACAGUCAACAGCAUUGUUUUGCUGCCCGCUGAUAACAGCCUCGCCUUGAUUAACGAGCUUUGGCGAUUUGACAACCAGCACAACGACCUAUCCACGGCAUUUGCCAGGCUUGGCCUCGUCGCCAGACAACCCUCCUCUUCCUUCUACUGGGCCCUGGACCAGUUGACUGGCGUCGAUCAAGCAGCAUCAACUCGUACUCGGCUGAAUUUCCAGUUGGACGUUGCUGUCCUGUUCAACAUUCUCGAGGAAGAAUACGACAAAGUGAGGCGAGACAUUGACGCAAACCCACUGGUGGGCGAGUCCUCCGAAGACGACGAUGAAUCAGAGAACGCCUCUUUGUAUUUUCGCAACAUGCGGCUAUCCGGCAUGUUCACCUUCCUCAGAGAUAAAGCUCUCGGAGACUUUGCAGGUUCCUGCAUGUUUGACUACGCGAACCUGGUAUCCCAGUUACAGGUCCUCGCGUUCCAGACUCAGCAAGAGACAGAAGACUUGGCGCAGCAGUUGUUCGGGAUCGAAGAAGCACAAGAGGAGAGUUUGCCGGAGAUGCAACCUUUCUGCCUCGCCCUGGCUCGUCAACUAUAUACUGGCGUUCACGAUGAAGAGAUACAGGACUGCGUGGUUCGUAUCCUGCGCAUUGCGAGAGUGUUCCAUGAGGUUUGUCAACACCGAUGGAGCAAACUCACACUUGAACCCGAGGCAACCAGAGAUGAGAAGUCGACAGAACAUGACGCCCUGGUGGAAGAAUUGACCAACAUGUCGCGGGACAAGUUACGCAACCUGGACCACGUGUUGCCUAAAUGGGACCAGGAAGUGAACCCGCUGCAGGCUCUCCUAGACAGAAGAAGCGUUACGUGCGAAGGACGGGGCUUAUUCCGGACUUCCAACGACAAGAUGGGCCUCUCGUGCCCUGGCGUUGAAGGUAUCGCAGUGGGUCAGAGGAUUGUGAUGCUCGAGGGCCCUAAAUUCCCCAUGAUCAUCUGCCCGACCCCAUCCCCAUCGUCUGACAAGCACAGAUACGGAAAGAUGACCGGACAUGCCAUGGUUGAGGGAGUCGAGGCGAGCAGCGAGGGAUCGCCCAAGGCAAAGUUCAAGAUGUUCAGAAUAGUUUGA